UUUGAAGCAAGAAUGUAUAGUCGUGACAAACCCAGGGAUGAGAUGAUACAGGAAUUAAAACGUCAGUCUGAAGAACUCAUGGUUGAAAAUAGAACGCUGCGGUCGAACCUUACGGAAGCUCAGACAAAUCUAGCCCUCACCAGAUCCGAUCUAGCAACUGUACAUUCUGAAUAUGACGAACAAAUGGACUUUAUUACAAGUGAUCGUGAUCAACUCAAAGAAUUGGAGCGGGAAAAGGAAAAUCUCCAUCGGCAGGUCCAAUUGUUACAGGAUGCCAAUAAGAAGUUACAAGACACGAAUGAUGACCUCAGAUCAGCCUUGGAAACAAGAGCGAAGAAUGGUUCACGGACACCGACACCAGGCAAAUAUGGAGCGCAAAGUGCGCCAUCGUUUAUGAACGAAUAUUUGGAUCCUGUUGACAGCAGUAAAAGACGACGCCGAGGCCUACAACUGUCUGAAUCUGACAGGGGUGCGCUGUAUUACCCACAAACGGGAGAUGGAGAGAGUGUACCGGACGAAGCAGAUUCUGGCAACUCGACGAUGAGGGAUCCAACUGAACUUGACUCUGAGAUUGACAAUCAAAGUCUUGAAGGUGAACUGCGUCGGGUUCUGGAGGAGCCGUCGAGGUUACAUGAUAUUUCAGUUCCGGUUCCCGAAAAUCAAGAGGGUUUAUCAGGAAGUGCCACCGACUCUAAGUCUGGCGAUGCGGACAUAAAAGAGGCAAAGUCAAACCAGUCCUCGAAAUGUUCAACACCCGACUCAGCGAAGACGUUGACUGCUAAACUCCAGCGCAAUGAUACCUUGCGUGCAAGUGGUCGGAAGAGGACUCUGCCUCAGGUUCCAUCAAAGGUAGAUGAUGAUGAUGAAUCGGAAGAAAGUGUAUUCGAAAUGUUACGCUCCACUAUUAAAAAUGCUUUAGAGACACCGACUGCCUCAUCAUCGAUGUCGUUGCCACAACAGGCGCCCGACCGAAUGUACAAAAUAGUUUUAGCGGGAGAUGCGGCUGUUGGCAAAUCAAGCUUUAUCUUACGACUCUGCAAAGGUGUCUUCCACCAGAAUCUCAACUCUACACUUGGAGUUGACUUCCAAAUGAAAACCAUAGAGAUUGAUAAUAAAGUGACGACACUUCAGCUGUGGGAUACCGCAGGACAGGAGCGAUUCCGUAGCAUUGCCAAAUCGUACUUCCGACGGGCUGAUGGUGUCCUGUUGCUAUACGACUGCACGUACGAGCGAUCAUUCAUUAACGUCCGGGAUUGGAUUGAAGCUAUUGAGUCCUUCAAUGCAUUAUUCAUAGAGACGAGUGCAAAGGAUGGAUCGAAUAUCCAAGAGGCGGUUUCCGAAUUAGGAAGACGUUUGCGACAAACAGAAGAUAUUGAAGUUCAGCAGAGUGGUUUGAAAUUAACUGAUGGUUCGUCCGGCAAGAAAGAUUCGAAGUGCUGUGACUUCUAGAUAUUCAUAACCCGUGUGCUUUGCGACGCAAAUAUGCGUCAGAAACGCGUCUUCCCAUAUUGUUUAUCUUCCUAUUAUUAUUACAGCAGUCUUCCCUCGUUACAUGGUCACUGUCUUUUCAGCAAAUUUUAUAUAAUAUUAUAUAUUUUUUAUUCAAAUUCUGAUAUGGUGGCUUAGUUAUUUCCUCUUCGUUUAACAGUAACUGAUAAGUUAUGAUGACGAUAAAGAGUGUUUCCCAAAGUGAAAUUUAAUGGUUUGAUUUAUUAAGUGCGAGGAGACAUCGGAAAUUUCUUCCAUUAAAUAUCAUACUUUGGGUCAGGAAAUGGGCAAAAAAGUAUUGUACACCAUUGUGUUAUUUUAAAGUGGUGUUUUUACUGCGGCUGAUACUGGCGUGUCAUCAUCAUGCGUUAUGAUGUAAUGAACGCGUAUUAGUGGACGCAGCUAGAUGCAAAUGAGACUACGGGUUGCAUCACAGUAAAUCACGGUAUUAGUAGUAGUAGUUCUGUAGUUCCAUUUACAAAUUAGGUAAAAGCAGGGCCAAAAUGAAUUAAUAAUCAACUCGUUAAAAUAUUGUUUUGCGUUAAACAGAUACGGAUUUUUUUUUUUUAAAGUUGGUACGAGUUUGGUAAAAAUAAGUAUUUUUAAGACAAAAACUAAAAUGCGAUGGAAAUUUAUCGAUUGAUAUUUAGAGAACUAGAAACCAAUUGAGUUCGAUAGAAAGAGUAGUGUUAUUAUGACUUUGGCCUAAAAAGACUGCCGUCAUAGUGACUCUUCUAUCUUAUUUUCCCUUUCAAGCAUAAUUAUUACAUCAUUGGAUUUUUAUUACGAACGCAUGAGUUCUUUGCUAUUGUAAAUAUUAAAUACUAUUUUUAAUACUUUCCUCGGGUUUUACCUUGACAGGAGUGAUAUUGUA